GGCGGCCCCAGCUCCGCUACGUCAUUCCAAGCGCACUGAAGCUCUGAGCUGAGCACCCUCCGCCUGAGCCACCUGGCUUUGUCGGACGGCCUGGCCAGGCUCACAGGCCAACAAGGAAAGAACCCCCCCGAAGAACAGGCAAGAACUCACAUGUUAGCUGACCAAGACGAGGCAACCGGCCUGUUUUCUUAACCCGAACUUGCCGCAAACACCAAUUGAGCUCGCAGCGCGCAGAACAAACCCCCCCGAAAGCUCCUCCAUCCCAUCCUCCCCGACAAACCCACGCAGAGUCCCCCGCCAACCAAGCGCCGCCGACGAAACCCAAAUCACCAAGCACACAAAAAGCACAGUCAGACCCCGAGCCGACCGAAAUGGCCUCCGCCGCAGUCAUGAACUGCCCCGUGGUCGGCACGACCAACAUGACGCUGCCGCCGUCGCACCCGGACAUCGACUUGUCGCAGCCGGGGCAGACGUGCCCGGUGGUGGGCGCGACGACGGACCACCACCACAACCUGCACCAGCACCCGCGGGUGGCCAUCCCCGAGGGCCGGUCGCCGGCGGACGCGUCGGCGUGCCCCGUGCUCAAUAACCAGGUGGUGCGCGAGCCCAAGGCGCAGGAGAUGGACGACGAGGUGUGCCCCGUCGUCGGCACCGCCACCACGGUCCUGCCGCCCGACCACCCCAGCACCGACGGCCAGGCCGACGACGCCGAGUGCCCCGUCACGAAGGCCCGCGUCGGCCACCACAAGGGCAGGCUCUCGGGCCACCCGGACGUCAGCCACGCCCCGGCCGGCGCCGUGUGCCCGGUCGCCGGCCUCAAGGCCGAGGAGCUGCAGUUGGAUGCUUGAGCUCCCCGGGAGAGUAAGGAUAUGGAUAUAUGGGGCGUCUUCUCUUCCACGCCAAUGGGGGCUAGGGGGUCAGGGCAUUUGAGACUAGGCUUGGGGGUGGGUUU